CUUCUAACUCCACCAAGAUUAAAACGGCUUCAGAGUUAGCAAAUCUCAUCAUUCUCAAAUGCUCAGGCUCCUUUUUCCCUACUCCAACCGAAGUCGACCCCACGGGUUUUUUUGGAUUUCAUGGGCUUCUUUGAAAUCGCGAUUGGGGACGUAAAAAUGAAAGAGACUAGGGCCUUCAACAGGCUAUGGGAGCAUUCAAAUGAAAUGCAAUCCCUGCAAGAAACACUGCGUGACAGGAAGAAGCAUCUAAGUGCGGCCCGUGUGACGCAUCGAAAAUAUCGGGAGCUUAGCGAUAAGGAGAUUGAAAGCAAGAUACAGGCCGAAGUCAGCGCCCUGACUAACAUCACGGAGGAGACGAACCUGCUAAAAGAGAUAAAGGACAUCUUGGACGAGCUAAAUAGCAUUCUUCUAAUAUUCAAGCAGCAGGAGCUUGUCGUGCAGUCUAUGGGCAAACAUGAGGAUGCCGAGGAAUUCGAUGAGGAUACAGGAGAGCUUCUUUCGCCAGCAGACAGCCCGAAGUAUCGGAUGCGUAGUCGCAUUCAGCGCUCCCAUUCAGAGCUUCUACGAACGAUUAGGGAUCAUAAGCGAGAUGUUGAGAUGCUUGAACUCGAAGCAGUUCGAACGCAUGAUUCUCUUAGCAUGCUUCUGGACCUGAAACAAAAGCAAGCCAGUGUUCUCGAAGCUGACUAUGCGCGGCAAGAAACGGUCGAGACGACGUCCCAAGGAAAGACUCUGCUAGUCUUCACCACUGUCACUAUUAUCUUCUUGCCACUGUCCUUCAUCGCAGGGUUCUUCAGCAUGAAUGCACGGGAGAUCAAUGGAUAUGAGCGACCCAUCCGGCAGAUCAUGGCCAUCAUGAUACCGAGCACUGUAGCUGUUCUCUCAAUUGCCGUUGCAGUAGCCUAUGCCGGCAAGAUCCGUCAUGCCUGGGCCUUCGCAGGAGGAGCGCCCAUCAGUUCCACAGGAGGGUUACUCGCCGGAGACGUCUUGUGUUUUCUAGAAGAGUUGUUCUGGCUUAUCUGCAACAUCCCUAGCUGGAUACUCUCUGUUGCUUGGUUCGUGAUACGCUGGUUGGGGUCGGUGGCCGCGUCCGUACGAAAUCCAUGGGUGGAGACUCCUGGGCCUGCUUAUCCGGGUAUUCCAGCGUAUAACCGCAUUCGGGGACGGUUGUUUUGAGUGCGAUGCCUUUCGCUGGAGGCCUCUUCAUAGAGUCGCUAGGAAGUAGGCUUGGGACUGUAGGAAGAGCUCAACUUAAGGUCGAUGUUCCUGUCGGCUGCGCUCUGGCGGGUUCUCCAACUGACUUCACUAGGCUAACGUCAAUAAUACUCAUCAGAGGGCGUAUAGUGCCUCGCGUG